GGAUUUCUGUUGAGUGAGGAUAAUUUGGAAUUAUCAUUCCUGAAUUGUUAAUGAAAGGAUUUAGAGAGUUGCAUGAAAAAAUAAUGUUAUUCAUGUAAUUUAAUGUUUUGAAGAUGGGAGUAUCGUAAUAAAGACGACUUUGUGGAUGGCUUUCUUUCACAUUUGAAUCCCCGUUUGGAACAACGUUUGUUUUUGGUGACGUUCCGUUUAUCCGUGUGUACACAUACAAAUCGCGUUUGUCGUGAAUGUGAAUUGAUCAAAGAGAUACACAACAGCGAAAAAAAUAAUUGGAACUGGCUGCCUGUAGACGGGUGUGAUACUGAUAAUGAGUCACUAAUCAUUUGAGCCUAGCCGGGGACGGUCGAUUCUUGGAUCUGUCCGUGAUUUUUUGUUUCUUUCUGAUCUGUGUGCGAUAUUGCCUUUUAACAUUACUGUAAAGUGUGAAAAGUGGGUCAGAGCUGCCGAGUGAUGGCAUAAAGAGAAAGUUUAAAAAUCUGCAGAAUAGUGCCUUUUUAGUGUGUAAUUUAAACAGAACGAGCCAUCUAAGCGAUAAGCGACUAAUAUCUUAUCGAUACGUAACUUCCAAGAAGUUGAGAGCAUUGCCUCGCCAUGGCGGCAUACUUGAACAACCAGCAACAGGUUCAGCUUCCUCCCCACGAAAUCAUUCCCCUCCAGCGAAUGACCACCCGGGAGGAACUCGACGAACGGCAACGCAUCAGGGACAUUUUCGAUAAGUAUGACCGGGAUCACACCGGCAACUUAUCGGUUCAAGAGCUCAAGCGGAUGAUCAACAGCCGACGAUGCCCGGAUCUGCCCAAAGGGUUCGCGAAAAAGCUGAUGAAGGCUGCAGACCAUAACAACGAUGGAUAUCUUGACUUUGAAGAAUUUUAUCAAAUGUCCCGCGAGCACAACUAUCUCUUCCGGGAUAUGUGCGUUCGGUACUGUCGACUUGUGGUGCCCAGCCGGAAUCCGGUCGCAGCCGAUGAACCAGGCUCGGCUUCGAUGUUCCAGCGACAGUUUUCCACUGGAACUGUAAUUUCCGAACGAGAUGGCGAGUACGAACGUAGCAUGACAUUUUGGCCUCCCCCAUUGACCAUGAUAGUGUUCUCGAUAGUGGAGAUUAUUUUCUUCGUGAUCGAUAUCAUCGAAACUAACAACCAACAAGGAACCAGCACCUCCGGACCGAUGGCGACUCUCUUCAUCUAUAGCCCACAGCUCCGAGAGCAAGCUUGGCGAUUUGUGACUUACAUGUUUGUCCACAUUGGUUUCAUGCACAUAGUAAUGAAUUUACUGGUGCAGAUCUUUCUCGGAGUUGCCCUCGAGCUCGUCCACUGUUGGUGGCGCGUGGCCUUAGUCUAUCUGGCGGGAGUGCUUGCCGGGUCUAUGGGAACGUCCAUCUUCUCGCCGAGAGUAUUUCUGGCCGGUGCUUCCGGUGGAGUUUACGCCCUCAUAACUGCCCACAUAGCCACAAUUAUUAUGAACUGGGGCCAAAUGGAGUACGCCAUCGUGCAGCUGUUUGUGUUCCUCGUGUUUUGCGUAACGGAUCUGAGCGUUUCGAUCUACAACAGCAUUUACGAUCCGUUCGAUAAGGUCGGCUACAUUGCGCAUGCCAGCGGAGCGUUGGCCGGGUUUUUGGUUGGCAUCGGAGUGCUUCGGAACCUGAAGGUUAACCGUUGGGAGAGAUACCUGUGGUGGUGUGCGGUGACAAUCUACUUUAUGCUCAUGGGCGCAGGCGUGCUGUACCACAUCUUCAAUCCCGAUCACUUUUAUCCCGUUUUUGCUUAAGAGCGUUAGAUAUGAUCUACAAAUUGCUGGCACAAUAGAUAGGGCUAGGAGCGUACAAAAGUUUAUGCAAAGGUAUACACUACUGUAACAGUUCAAGUGCCUUUAUGUCCAUAAUUUUAAGCUUGAACAUUACUUUUAUCACUGUAAGACACAUACUUCAAGUAUUGAGCGUUGCUACUUUUUAUAAAAAUCUACAUAGAAUAAACUUCAAUAAUUGUGACUGAGAGAAAACAUAUUUAUAAUCUGAAAACAAAACGCUGUCUAUCGCAAAACUUAUAAAUUAUGAAGACCAAAAGUGAAGAGGUGUUUCAUUAUUUUCUAAGGAAUCAGUUAAGUAUAGAUUUCAAAAGCAUUUCAAUAAACAUUAUAAACAAAA